AUGCCUUUAUCACCGUCGUCCGCCUCAGGUCCUAGCACCGCUUUGCCACCCACAGAUGCUUGUCCAGAUAAAGUGGGAGGAAAAUCCGGCCUAACGAAGUCUAUACGGUCAUCGUCUUGGUCGACAUGGCUUUCAGCGUCAAUUUUCCAUACCUCGGAGGCACAGGAUAACCCUAUUUCAAAAGUUGAGGGACAAUAUAACGAGCCUGUAGCCAACCCAGAGCUAGGUGGUGAAACAGGUACAAAUCAGGAAAAGGACCUUCACAAGUCUGUUCAGAGUGAUGAGCAUAAGAAGUUCGUUACGAUCGAUGAGCCUAUUGAGGAGACAGGAAACGGAACAGAAAGUGAUACGCACAGUGAUACUGGGACCGUCAGGAGACCCAAAAUUCCUGGAAGCAAUAUACCACCUAAAUUUCUUCUAUCACCAGAGUCGCUGGAUAACCAUCGAUCCCUAUCACUUAAUGAUAUUGAUCGCUUGCCACAGGAAUAUCAGCUUGAAAGUCAUACCUCUCGUCGUCCUAAUAAUAGAGAGCCAGAGGAUCGUACACGACAGGCUCCAGGCCCAAGGAGAACUUCUCGGACUGUUAGCCGUGAUGACUGCCUUAAGGCUCGCGGCGCGAACCCACGAACUGGAGUUGUUAGCCCUGCUUUAACGGAUGAAAGCUGCUCGGAUGGUCUAGGAGCUCAGGUAGAAAACCUUGGCAGCCUUAUGAACAAUCAGAAAUGGCGUCUCAAAGGAGACCAGUGGAUCAGCCUUGAUGCUUCAGAGAGGACACCGUUACCCACGCCCUCUACUGAUGCAGAUGCCGGCGUGCCACUUAAAAGCCUUGAAGAUCGAUUUGUUGUCAAUAUGCCGUCUGCUAGAGAGCCAUGUCCGCCAACUAUGACUCCUCAGCAGAUUGCUGACUUCCAACAAGCUUGCAAUCGAUUUUAUCGCUAUGAUAAUGAUAUGGUUGACCCUGAAAGAGCACCAAGUCCUCGACCUAUGACUCCCGAGGGCCCUAGCACUCCUCCAAAAAAGUUGUACAAGAUUCGUGAAGCGCUUCUACAAAGUACGGGGCCGUUUGAGAGAGGCCACAAGAGAGAAAGGCCCCCGGUUCAUCCUUACAAUCCACACCCCCAAAGUAGAUCACGCCAGUGGAGGCAUAGCUCCGCUCCUCCUACGGACCGACCGCGCCACGGACAGAGAGAACAGACAAAUAAAUCUUUUUUAGACGGUGGACGGGUUUGUGGAAGAGAGGACAGGCUCCCGGCCCCUCAGAAGAUGAGGCGGUACCCUCCUGCCACGGAUCUAUACAGGCCAACUGGUCACUACGGACAACGAGGGCCUCAGGAGAUUCCGUACCGGAACCAUCGUGGCCCUGGCAUGCCGAGCUAUCCUCAAGACCUUCACCCCCGCUUCCGGAGCAGUGGACCAGCCCGAAGACAAAACUUCGACGGCGUUCAAGACAGAAGGGUAUCCAGAGACAUCUACUUCGAACCUCAAAGCCAUGCAAGGCAAACAAUUCAGCUCGGACCCUCAGACGGAGACGACCUACUUGCUACCAUUACCACUACCACUACCACAUCCACAGUCACCCCCAUCCGACUGAACCCAAGCGAUAUGGACAGCUACUUUACCCCAACCGAGGUUACGAGCCAGAAAAGCUCCCCUGGACAAUCGCAAAGAGCAUCUGGAGAAAGCAUCGCUACUACAGCUACCAAGACGGGGAAUGUAGGAAGUGCAGAAAACGUCGAAGACACAGAGGGCAUAAACCAGCCAGCGGCAACCCACAACACCAAGUCUGGGCGAAACGCCCAAGGGGCGGAUGGGCUCAUCCCUAUCUUAGGGACCCAAGGUGGAGAAAUAAGAAGCUCAGAUGAGUACUGCACAAAUUGGUUGAUUGCCCGUGCUACAUCAUUUACUAAAUAUCAUCUGAUACCGAUGGCCAUAUUCUACCUUACCCUUGCUGCAAUGACAUGUCGGGAAUAUCAUCAGUAUCUGGCAUCAAGAAUGGCUGGGCUAAAUACACCACAGGGUUUGCGAUCAAUGCGGGUCAUGGGGGGUGUUUUAUUUAUGGCUGUAGCUAUAUCGCUUAUCCCAAGAAGCCCAGCAAAGGCUUCUUCCCUUAGCCUUCAAGAUAUGGUAUAA